ACAAAACAACUCAGGGAAACGUUUGGUACAGCCCGGCCGGAAAUGAGGUGUAAGAAAACCUUCAGAACAUCCGGUUGGGGGAGCAGGAGAGUUGGCGGCGGCGGCGGCUGAGGUGUGCACGAAGGCUUCCGGGGUUCCCGGCUGCAGGGCGCUGGGCUGGGGAGAUGUUCCGAACAGCCAUCAUGAUGUCUGCCAGCCUGGCCUUGACCUCGGCAGUGGUGGCCCACGCCUAUUACCUUAAGCACCAGUUCUACCCAACUGUUGUGUACCUGACGAAGUCCAGUCCCAGCAUGGCGGUUCUGUACAUUCAGGCUUUCGUCCUGGUGUUCCUGUUAGGCAAAUUCAUGGGCAAAGUAUUUUUUGGGCAGCUGCGAGCUGCAGAAAUGGAGCAUCUGCUUGAGCGGUCAUGGUAUGCAGUGACCGAGACCUGCCUUGCCUUCACAGUCUUCAGGGAUGACUUCAGCCCCCGUUUUGUGGCCCUUUUCACACUCCUGCUCUUCCUCAAGUGCUUCCACUGGCUGGCUGAAGACCGGGUGGACUUUAUGGAGAGAAGUCCAAAUAUUUCCUGGCUGUUCCAUUUCCGCAUCGUCUCUCUGAUGCUGCUGUUGGGUAUCCUGGAUUUCUUGUUUGUCAACCAUGCCUAUCAUAGUAUCCUCACACGGGGAGCCUCUGUCCAGCUGGUCUUUGGCUUUGAGUAUGCCAUCCUCAUGACAAUGGUGCUCACUAUCUUCAUCAAAUACAUCCUGCACUCCAUCGACCUCCAGAGUGAGAAUCCCUGGGACAACAAGGCAGUCUACAUGCUUUACACAGAACUCUUUACAGGUUUCAUCAAGGUGUUGCUGUACAUGGCCUUCAUGACCAUCAUGAUCAAAGUGCAUACCUUCCCACUCUUUGCCAUCCGGCCGAUGUACCUGGCUAUGAGGCAAUUUAAAAAGGCUGUGACAGAUGCCAUCAUGUCCCGCCGGGCCAUACGCAACAUGAACACCCUGUAUCCUGAUGCCACCCCAGAAGAGCUGCAGGCCAUGGAUAAUGUGUGCAUUAUCUGUCGGGAGGAGAUGGUGAUGGGUGCAAAGCGGUUGCCUUGCAACCACAUAUUCCACACCAGCUGCUUGCGGUCGUGGUUCCAGCGUCAGCAGACCUGCCCCACGUGCCGGAUGGAUGUCCUCCGUGCCUCCCUCCCAACUCAGUCCCAAACACCUCCCGAGCAGCAGGAGGCAGGGCAGCAGCCGCCCGCCCACCAGACCCCACUGAUUCCUCAGCCGCCCAAUUUUCCCCAAGGUAUGCUGCCUCCUUUUCCACCUGGGAUGUUCCCUUUGUGGCCCCCCAUGGGCCCAUUUCCUCCAGUGCCUGGUGCCCAGCCCCCCAACAACACAGACAGUGCUUCAGCUGCUCCUUCCACAUCCGGGACACAGCCAGCAGCAGGCAUUCCACGACCCAGUGGAGACUCCACAGCCGCCACGGGAACAGUGCCAGGUUUCCCCUUCCCUCCACCAUGGAUGGGGAUGCCUUUCCCACCUCUCUUUGGGUUCCCACCUAUGCCAGUUCCACCCUCGGGAUUUGCAGGACUGACUGAAGAAGAACUGCGAGCCAUGGAAGGCCAUGAACGGCAGCAUUUGGAAGCCCGGCUCCAGUGCCUGCAGAACAUUCACACGCUCCUCGAUGCAGCCAUGCUGCAGAUCAACCAGUAUCUCACAGUCCUGGCCACUAUUGGGACGCCUCGCUUUGUGCCAUCACCAAGUGCUCCGGCCACUUCAGCAUCCCCUCAGGACACUGUCAGAGCAGAGCCCAGCACCAGUGAAUCCACCACUUUGCAGUCAGCUGACAGCACCACUUCGGCAGCAGUGGAACCGGAUUCCUCAAGCCAAGCAGAUCCACCCCUAGUGGCAGGUGCUGAGGGUUACACAGCCCCAUCUGGUCCUGAGCAGGAUGAUGAGCCGUCUUCUCUGGAGGAGCCUGACACCGUAGAGCUGCGCAAACGCCGCCUUCAAAAACUGGAACUGCCCUCCUCCUCGUCGUCCUCUUCCUCCCAUUGACCCCCCUCCUGCUCCUUCCCAGUGAGCCUUGCUCUGUGCCUCAGUUGACAGUCCGACUGGUUUUGCCCCCCUGCCCCCAGCAAACAUGGGAGGAGAGUAGGCGGGAGAAAUGAGAACUGGACAGCUCAGUUGCACCACCAAGUGCCGACAAGAUGCGAGGUUGCUGGGAACGCUGCUCGGCAGGGAUGUGGAUAGGAGGCGGCAGCAGUUUUGCCUCAUUUUCUGAUUCUAAAAGAAGGGAGGAGGAAUAAAUUGCCCAUCCCUCCAUAGCGACUGGCCCUGAUCCAGUUACUCUCACCAGUGCAGUCAUGUUUCCUGCUUCCAAAGUCUUUUUUGGUGUCUAGCUGGACAGACUCCUAGUUAUGAGAGCAGCAUGCUGAGCUUGGGGAAGCCCUUCCUCGGAUUAUCCCUUGAACUGGGGGAGCAGCCAGCUAAGAGGAUGUCCCCCAUCGGGAAGGGAGCCGUUAGCUUCUCCUACAGAAGAAAAAGCACUCCCCUUGUGCCACCCCCACCCCCCCACCCCGUUUGUCCCUCCAGCUUCCUGGUUCUGUGGUGGCUUUGUGUGGACCUGAGGCUUUUUCUCCUUUUCCCAGGAGGAAAGCAGCAGUGACAAACGGGAAGAGCUAUCUUGGAAUGUGUGUGGUUUCUCUGUCGGUAGGUGGAGGUAAAAAUGAAGGAGACCUUCUCAGGACAGCCGAGAGCAGAACUUCCGCCACCCUCCCAAGACCUCGCUCCCAUCUCCAAAAUCACCUGCCUCUGUGGUGGGAGCCAAGUUUGCAUAGCUUGCAGGCUCUGAAUUGGGUUUCUGGGCCAGCAUUGAAACUGUGGAGACAGGAAGAGAUCUUUCUUCCGCAUCCGACCAGAUCGUAAAUUUGGGUGUUCCCUCUCUAUUUUCACAGAUUUGUGGGUGGCUUUUAAGCGCAGUAAACCUGUGACUUGAAUACAUUUUCUUCUUGUGCUUCCUUAUUUGGCUUCAAAACAAAAGCAAACCGACAGCAAUUCUGGUGGUGUGGGUCAAGGCAAGCAAUAAUUAGCUUAGCAGUUCCUGGCAUGGUGUUCUGCAAAGGUGUCUGGGAAAUCAACGUGUGGUCUGGGAGGCAUCGGUCUUGCCCUGUUGAAUUCCUUGGCUUCACCUUUCUGGUUUCAGGAGGGGGUUAGGGCUGAUGGCGACUUUGUCCAUGCAGCCAAAGGAGCUUCAUGGUGUCUGCUUUUAGAUUCUAGUUCUGGGAAAUGUGCUACCGAUUGUGGUCAAGAGAAGCCCAGUUGAACUGACUUGGGAACCUGCUUCAAGUAUAUUCUUGUCCAGUGGAACUCUGGUAUCUAGUUCUACAGAAUCAAGCCCAGAGCGCUUAAUUAGCACCCCCCCCCCAAAAAAAAAAACAAAAACAAAAGGCUUUUCAGUCUGGGUCCAGCACAGCAAAACUCAAAAGCUGUUGUAGGCAGUACCGGUCUUCUUUUGGCUCCUGAGGAAGGUGCUGGAGAACUGCAUUUGACUGUACUGCCCGUGUUGAUCCAACUUCUGGUUUUUGGACUCAACAUUCCCUUGUAUCUUUCUAUAUUCCCUCUAAUGGUCUGUGUAGAAAGUGCCUAGGAUCCUGAGGACUGUGUGUGUAUGUGGAUGGAAGGAGGACUGUGCAAACAGUGGGAAUUCUGCCAGAGGCAAAGUGCUCUCAAGACUUGGAAGAGAGCCACUGUGACAGGGCAAGGAAACCUGUGCCUGAGGAAGAAAUCUCACUUAAGCCCCGGUGCACAUUCAGAAGUGUUUGCUAGGGUGCCAUCAGUGUCUUUGUCUCUUGGAACGAUGGUUAUUUAUGAGAUGCAGGGGAGUCUCUGUAAUUUUCAUGCCUGUGGGAGGUGUUUAUGAGAGGAAUUGAGACACAGCUGUGGUGGGUGGAGGGGCUUUCAGUGCUGGAGGUGACAGUGUUUUCUGACUUUGGAUUUCCACAGUCCAACCAGGUGGGGUUGCUUGAUCCACUUGUGGGGGUUCCUAUAUACCUGCUUGGUAGGGGGGAAUAUUCUGUAUACUACUUUUGCAGAGAAAAGCGGGGGGGGGGGGGACCUUUCUUACAGCAUCUUCCCAUGUUCCUAACUAAAUGUAUUUAAGGAAAUGGGAACUUGUUCUGUAAACCCCAGGGUAUGCCUAUUUUAGGUCUACCUGCUCCAAAGCUGAGAUUCUUGAGGAGGACCUGGUCUGGGUUUCAAUAUAGAUUUGUCACCUUUUCUUUUUAAAUUUUGGGGGCUUUUUUGUUUUUUGUAAGGAAGAGUAAUAGUUUUAAGAGUGGUCAGUGAACAUUCAAAUGCAGUAUUAAAACUGGCUUUUUGGCAGAGUAGCGAGUAAUGUAGACCUGUCUUACUUCCUGGACUGUCACUUUGCUCUUUGGACUGAAGUGGUAACCUAACUUUUCUGUUUUUAAUGUUUUGGAAGAAGCAUGGCCAGGAAUUGUUCAAAGUAUUGGUUUAGAUAAAAGACGUUGGUCAAGGCUUCUGAUAAAUUAAACCACUUUGGUAAAGAAUAGAAUGGCUUCAGUCUGGAUGCCGUCGUUUCUUUAUCCACCUGCCUGCAGUGGGGGUGAGAUGAAUUUAUACCGUUUUUGGACGGGAAGCAGUUGGCAGCCCCACGGCAAAGCUGCUUUUGUAAAAAUGUGAUACAUAACUCUGUGCAGCUGUUUCUGCAAAACAGUGCUCUCAUAAAAAAUGUGGGAAACUAUAAUUUUUUCCCUGUCCCAAACCACCUGAGAUGCAGAUCUUUCUGUACUUGGCAAGUCGCUUGGCCUACAAAGUAGUUGUUGAUUAUCAAACACUCUUCAGGGAGCAAACAGUCAGCCACCGAGCAUUUCAUUUUAAUUAGAAGAUACUUUUUUCACACUGAGAUUUCGGAAAGCCUACUAGGUUGGUUGGAGGCUUGUUUGCUGGCUUGGAACAACCACACCCAUACUUGUGUUUUUUUUCCCCUUCUCUUCCACCCCUUCAAAAAGCUUUUGAGUUUAUGCAAUUUUUAAAGAGAUCUGAGUGGCCUUUUUUUGCUCCUCCAGUGGAGCACAAUUAAAAGUGGUCCCUUUUAGAACAGCCCGAUUCUUUCUCAUCCCUCUGUGUGCAAUAUUAUGCUUCCUGGUUUUCAUUGCAUGCGUUUCAAUAAAGCUCUCUAUUCCUUAGAAGGUUAAUUUACAUUCUGUUCGAUUAGCUAAAGGAAAUUGUGGCAAUAAACGAGGCAAGAAUGUGAACACAGACUACUGUCUUUUCGAUUCCUCUACUGACAAAUCUCUUUGGCAUGGAGGAGUUUCUAUUUUGUAAAAAAGAUUGCUCUGUUUUGCACAUGGGAGAUGCCAGGUUAAAAAUUUUGGUUAUAGGUCAAGCCCACAAAUAGUCCUUUUAAAAAAACAUUAAGAAUACCGAUUCGAACUUUUACCAGCAGGGCACAUGGAGCUGUUCUGGGGAGAGUUCUGUUUACUGUCUUCGGACUUCUUACAUCACGGGUGCUUGACCCAGGGUUUAUCGAAUGUCAGCACUAUUUUUUUCUGAGUAAAAGUUGCUGUUUUGAAUACUGAAAGCCCACAGCAAAACAAUGUUUGACCUCUAUCCUUGCAGCUUUUUUUCAGCUGUGUUACAUGUGGAGGUGAAGGAAGUUUGGAUAUCUAUUUAAUUUUUGUAAAUACUGUAUAAUUUUUAAUAGCUUGAAUUAUGUAUAUACACAGCAAAUAAACUUGCAUUGAAUACUGA